AUGAGCGGCUAUGGGUACGGCGACCGCGACCGCAACCGUGGCCGUGACCGCGGCUCCCGCCGCGACCGCGACCGUGGUGGCGACCGCGGCGGCGACCGGGGUGGCGACCGCGGCGGCGACCGGGGCGGUUACGGUGGCGACCGUGGGUACGACCGUGGAGCGCCUGCCGCUAGUGACCGCUGGCGUGGGGGCGACCGUGGGUACGGCGGCCCGGCGCGCGACCGCCAACGCGACCGUGAGCGCGGCCGGGGCGGGUACGGUGGCGGUGGAUACGGUGGCGGCGGGUACGGUGGCGGCGGGUACGGUGGCGGACGGCGGGCGCGGUCACGGUCACGCGAACGCGACGAUCCGGCGCUGGCGCCGCCGGCGCCGAUUGGAGGCCGGGCGCGGAUGGAGCGAUCGCUGUUGCCACCGAUGCCGCCGCUUCCGCCUGCGCCGCGACGGCGGGCGGGCGGCCGCGGCGGCGGGCGGCGAAGUGCCGGCAGUGCUGGCGGGCGGCGCCGGGCUGGAGGCGCCGGCGGCAAGAGCCAGCCUGCCCCGCGGGUGGUGGUGCCUGUGGCGCAGGAUCAUCCGCUUGCGCGCGAGUUUGUGGAGCGGGUGUCUGUUGCAGAUCCGACGUCCGAGAUGGGCCGGAUGCGGCGGGUGUAUGCGCUGGCGGACCGGCGCGAGCUCGGCGAGCACAUGCAGCGGCUGGUGGCGGCGCGGGCGGCGCACUUUGCAGGCGUGGUGGCCAAGGCCGAGCUUAGCCUGGAGGUGCCGGGCGAGGACGAGGCACCGCGGGCAUCGAUGCUCGAGCUGCACUGGGCGGGCACCCCGCACUUGUACGCAGUCCAGUCGUCGUCGUUUGUCUCGAGCCUGGUCUCGGUCGAGCGUGUGCUGGAAGAGCUGGAGCAGGUCGACGGCGUGCUUGACGUCGCGCUACUGCCGUCGGACAUCUCGGCGCAGGCUGCGUGCGCCGCCGCCGGCGCGCCGCCGCCGCCGGUCCGCAACAUCCACGCCUCGUACCUGGUCGUGCUGACGGGCUCAAUCGAGGCUGCGCGCGGAGUCAUGGUGUGCCUGGACAACAAGGUCUUUGCUCCGCGCAACAACGAGGACACAUCGUCGUUCCUCCUCCGCAUGGGCUCGGACCCGAGCGCCGCCGACGAGUAUCAGCUUGUCGUGCCGCCGCUUGCCUACCGCCGCCUCGCCGCUGCCGCCCCGCCGUCGGCCGACGCUACCGCGGAGCUGCUGGUCCAGCUGCGGGCCGCCGCCGAUGCAUACGACACCGCCGCCAGUCUCGAGCCGAUCACCCGUGUUCUGGCCGAGAGCGGCGUCGCCGUCACUCACUCUCUCCUCCUUGGCUACCUCCGGUUUGUCCACGGCUUCUGCGCCCUGUGCGAGGCCGGUCCUGUGGCGCUCGGCCCGUUGCACCUCCUGGGCUCGUGCGGAACCGGGCACGGGUGGUGUGCUGCGGUUGAGAACGCAGUCUUGACCCAUUCCCGCGGCGGCGAGUGGACGCCGUACGGCCGCCUGGUGGCGCGGCUGAGCCGCGCCGCUGCUGAGCCGACUCUGGCGUAUAGCGCCGGCGUCUCCGCCGCGGCUGCCGCUGCCGCCGAGUCCAUCGCCUCAGCAGCGGCCUCGGCCGCCAGCCUCUACGAGGUCUCCAAGUCGGGCAAGGUCAAGUGCCUCGAGUGCGGCAAGCGUUUCCGGACCGUGGGCCACGUGCUCAAGCAUCUCACUGGCCGGCAUGACAAGGAUCUCGACGUCAAGGACUUUGAGGCCAAGGCCCAGCUCUCCGCCAACCUGUGGCACGGCGAGCCGGAGCUGGCCUACGAGCUCGGCCGCCUGGCGCAAGCCCGCGGCGUUCCGGUCCCCGAUCCUGGCCUUGCCGCUGUCGCCGCCAUCCAUGCUGCCGAGGCCGAGGCUGCGGCAAAGGGUACGACCGCCGCUCCCAUGGACGAGGGCAAGGCUAAGAGCGAAGGCCCGGCUCCAAUGGACGACAAAGCUGGGGACGAUGCGCCGGCGCCCGGAUCCGACCAAGAGUAA